AUGCAAAAGGCAGCUGAAAGUUCUCCAGCCAAGGCCAGGGCUGCGAAUGAACAAGUCUCGUACGUCAAGCCAAAGUCCAGCGGAAAAGCAGAUGCGCAUGCUUCCGAUCAAAGCCAGGAGGUCCAGUCACAGUCAAAGCCCCAAUACAGUCCACAAGACAGCCAUCCAACCACGGAUGGCCCGAAUGAAGCUGCUCCAGUGAAACCAAACGACGCGGACACGGAUAUGAAAGACAGUGAGCCUGAAAGGGACCUACAUGAACCGCCCAAUCCGAGAAUGGCCAACAACGGAACGAAUCCCGGUGGUCCAGCGCCAGUCGACGUUGACGACGAGGAAUAUGGCGAGGUCCUGAGUGAUCUGAAGACGCUGUCAAUUGGUCAGGAUCGAGGUGGAGAGCCAGACGCCUGGAGCCGCCUAGGACGAUCACUCGUAUUGCUGGUUCGAUACGGGCCCUACAAAGCGGCAAAAUACCAAGUCCAAACCGCAAACGGAUACAACACUGCAGGCCUGCAAAAAGUAUCGGAUCCCGAGACUAGAAUUUCCCACAUCACAUACCGAGGACAAGAUGGAGAAAAGCAUAGGCGGUACACCAGGAACAAUGUUGCCGGUAUUGUUGGCGUGGCAAUCAAAGAAAGGAAAAAGGGAUCCAAAACAGCCCCCGUAGCAUAUGUCAAAAUCUUGUGGCAAGACAUCGAUGAGGACGAUCAAUGGUUGUUGAAAAGGAACACCUGCUGGAUUACCAACGCAGAUCUCAUCACCUUGACGGAUAAGGUUACGGCAGCACAAAAGAUAACCGAAGUCUGGGAGAAGCAGGAACUACGCUACAAUAACUGGCAAGGCUUAAUUGGAAGAGACAGCCCUGAUCGUUCACCUAGUCCUUGUCCGCUGGAUACCUUCAAAGCGGAAAAGGAUUGGACACUAAAGCGAGAGCGCACAAAUGAACCAUUUCCAAGUUUCGAACGUAGUCUAGAUGCGCGGAGUCCUACUACCCAUCUGGACCAAGUUGGACAGAGGCAAGUGAGGCAACUGGCGGCAAACAACAGCGAGCGUUAUAAUCCAGAUCCGAUAAAGCAAGAAUUGAACAGUGAGGAAAACGAACUGUUUGUCCGUACGAAUGGUCAGAACACCAAUGAUCAGAACGCCAAUGGUCAGAUCACCAAUGACCUGGAUAAUAACACAAGCAGCGGAUCUGGGCAAAGUGAGCCCCCACCAAAAUUGAGCAAUUUCUAUAGGAAAUGGUUGAAAAGACGGCAACUUGAUGAAACAGAUCUCGAUAAUCUCGACGAUCAGUAUAUUGCAAGAUUCGAAGCCGCCGCCUUUGUUUAUGUUGGUGAACUGAGGAAGCAAGGCUACUUUGUAGAAGAUGAUAUGUGA